AUGUCAAUUCCCGGCCCACGGGCCCCGUUAUUAUAUCUUCCUCCUCCUCGUCCUCCUCCCAUGGCUCACCUAAAAUCGUUCCGAAGCCCCUUCCCCCCCAUCGCCGAAGGACAGCGGCGGCCCGCGGCGGUGACUCGGCCGGGGCGAAGGCAUGCCCCCGACCUGCGCCACGCACGGGGCCGGCGCGCCGCCCCCCUCCGCCCGGCCCUGCGCAGCGCCCACGCGCCGCCGGCCCGCGUCUCCCCUCCGCAAGCAGCCUCCACCAGGCCCGCGCCCCCCAGGACCCAGCCGGGUUCCUCCCUCCCUCCCUCCCUCCCCUGCGGCUCCGCGGGGCCCAGACGCGUGACCCGGAGCCCCUCGCCCCGCGGACGGGACGACGGCGCGGUCCUCACCCCGUACCCAUACUCAGCCGGGAAAGCGGGGAGGGGCGGGCCGGAGGACCGCAACCGAGCAAGAGAUUUUGGCCCGGAGCCACGCAACACGCACACGACCGGGACCCCGCGCAGGGAGAUCGGGGUGCGCUGGAGGAGGGUGAGGAAGGCAGUGAAGGAGGGGAGGGCAGGGAAGCGGGGGAGCGAGGAGCUGAGGAGAACCUCACACCCUCACCCUCCCCCUCCGCGGAGCCCGUCCCGCCGCCGCUUCCUGCCGGGGGUCAGCCGGGCUGCAGCCAGGAGACAGGGGGAAGCGGCGGGCCGCCCCCGUGCAGCUUUCACAGACCAGACUGGACCAGACCGGCCGAGACCUGCGCCCCGGAUCCGCCAGUCCGCAGCCCCCGCACUCUUCCUUACCCCGAAGCCGCCCCUCAGGAGAUCGCCCUCCCGCUCUCUCCAGGACCCGGGCCGCGUCUGUCCUCGCCGCCGGCAAGCCGCGCCUGCCUCCGCCCUCCGCUAG